CGGCGCAUUUUACUUAAACCGUCAUUUUUUGUCAAGUUCUAGCCAAUGAGUUGCUUUGGAGUCAUACGCUCCAAAGUCCAACAGGAAUCCGGACAUUCUCUAAAAGAGAAAGCGAAGGAAAGAUAGGGGCUGAUAGUGGGUGAGGUCUAUAGGUAGUCCCAAGCAAAUUGCUUCUGGCUUUGGUUAUGACUGGCAACUACUUAGACGAAUAAAGCCCUCCCUGGCCUGGCGACAAGGUGUAGCGAGUCAUUACCAAUCCUUUCGCACUGCACAUUGACUUCGACGGAAUCAGCCAAUAGCCAUUGGGCGAAGGCAGGACCGCACUAACCUUUUCCCGCCCUACUCUUUGGGCCAAUCCUUUCUUUUGAAUUCUUCGUGACUGGCAGGCACUUGUACCAAUAGUGAUAGGGAACCUUGAAGCCUGCCCAACGAUCGUGGGCAGGAGGUGGUUUCUGGUUUGUUGGGGCGUGUGUUUGUGUAUUUGGGGGGACUGAAGGGUACGUGGGGCGAAACAAAACCGGCAAUGGCAGCAGCGGAGGAGGAGGACGGGGGCCCCGAAGGGCCAAAUCGCGAGCGGGGCGGGGCGGGCGCGACCUUCGAAUGUAAUAUAUGUUUGGAGACUGCCCGGGAAGCAGUGGUCAGUGUGUGUGGCCACCUGUACUGUUGGCCAUGUCUUCAUCAGUGGCUGGAGACACGUCCAGAGCGGCAAGAGUGUCCAGUGUGUAAAGCUGGGAUCAGCAGAGAGAAGGUUGUCCCGCUUUAUGGGCGAGGGAGCCAGAAGCCCCAGGAUCCCAGAUUAAAAACUCCACCCCGUCCCCAGGGCCAGAGACCAGCUCCAGAGAGCAGAGGGGGAUUCCAGCCAUUUGGUGAUACCGGGGGCUUCCACUUCUCAUUUGGUGUUGGUGCUUUUCCCUUUGGCUUUUUCACCACUGUCUUCAAUACCCAUGAGCCUUUCCGCCGGGGUACAGGUGUGGAUCUGGGACAGGGUCACCCGGCCUCCAGCUGGCAGGAUUCCCUCUUCCUGUUUCUUGCCAUCUUCUUCUUUUUUUGGCUGCUCAGUAUUUGAGCUAUGACUCCUUCCUGCCCACCUCCAGCCAGAGGAAAAUCAGUAUUGGGGGUCACUGCUGACCCUUCCUUACUCCUGGAUCCCCCUGACCCCUCUAUUUCUGUUGGCUAAGGCCCUGGCCAUUCUGCAGGACGGCAUAGGGACGUCUCGACAUAGGAUGGGAGAGUCUUCUGCUCAGAGGUUCACUCAGUAAUAUUGUAAUUCUCUGCCCUCGGGGAGGAGGAUGGACUGAGAGAAUGUCUUUCUCCUCUUCUGAGUCUGCUUUCCCUGAUUUCUUGAUUUGAUCUUGAAAGGUGGGCAAGGCUCCCUCUGACUCUCCCCCACUCCCCAUCUUACUGAUUUAAUUUUUCACUCCCCAGAGUCUAAUAUGGAUUCUGACUCUUAAGUGCUUCCUCUUCCUCACUACCUCCUUUAAUACAAAUUCAAUAAAAAAGGUGAAAUGUA